AUGAUGGAUAAACAAACAGAUAACAAUAAUGUUGUUGACAACACAAUAACAACAUCAGUGAAUAAUAUAUCAUUGAAUGAAGAUACUACAACUACCACUACUGCCACAACUGCCAAUGCCACGACUACGACUACAUCGACUUCGACAAAUAACAAGGAAACAGAGUAUCAUCAAGAGUAUGAUGUUGACUUUAGGAUAAAAGAGAAUAGGACAAAUGCAUCGAGGAUACAAAAGAGAGUUAUGAGAGAUAUUACUUGUCAAGAUGCUGUACAAUGGUUGAAGGAUAAUACAGUUGCAUCUGGUACCUCUGUCAUCACCUCAUUGCCAGACAUUGUCGAGAUGACUGGAUACUCAUUACAACAAUAUAGAGAUUGGUUCGUUGACACUGUCGAGCUCAUCACAUCUAAAUUGAGUGAUAAUAAUGUAGCAAUAUUCUAUCAAACAGAUAUAAGAAGAAAGGUCAAGGGCAAUAAGGGUAUUGUGGAUGAGUACUUGGACAAGGGUUAUCUGUGCGCAAAGGGUGCAGAGCGAUCUGGAUGCAAGAUGGUAUGGCAUAAACUGAUGUACUCUGUGGCACCAGAGCUGGGCAAGGUAUCUCGUGGACAAACACCUGGAUUCUCUCAUAUGUUGUGCUUUGCCAAGAAGCCAGGUCUGUUGACAUAUCAGGAGCAGACACCAGACAUUGCGCCACGAGGCGGUAUGGUCUGGAAGAAGGCAAUGGGACUGAAUGCCUGCAUGGUUGCGCUGCGGUACAUCAGAGGAGUGGGAUGCAACACAGUGCUGGACACAUUCUGUGGCAAAGGAAGUGUGUUGGCAGCGGCCAACAUGCUUGGUCUACACGCAAUUGGAGUGGAUCUUUCAAUUUCCAAGACCAGACAUUCAUCCAACCUUGUACUAACCAUGGAGAUGGUGGAGUCAUUCUCUGCCAGCAAUUGGAACAACAUGGACAACAAGGAUAACAAAGACAACAACAACAGCAACAAUAACAACAACGAUGAAGAUGUAGAUGAAGAUGAGCAAACA